AUGUCCUCCAGCUCCCCGCCGGGCGAGCCCAAGAGCCGCAGCCUGGGCCGGCUGUCGCUGCCCAGGAGAGGCAGCAUGACGCCCGGCAAGAAGGCGGCGGCGCUGGAGCUGGCCGAGAGCGCCCCGAACGCCCACUACGCCCCGCUCGGGGCCGCGCAGGGCGGGCAGGCGGAAACGGGAUGCGGCCCCGAGCGGGAGCGGGAGCGGGCACCGCGGCUGCGGAGCGAGGUGGUGGUGGUGAGCGCCGACUGCCCGCGGCCCCCCGUCAGCCUGGACCCCCGCGUCUCCAUCUACAGCCUCCGCAAGCCCCUGCUGAGCCGCAGCAGCGUCCAGGGCAGGGUUUACAACUUCUUGGAACGGCCCACGGGAUGGAAGUGCUUCGUGUACCAUUUCACCGUCUUCCUUAUUGUACUGAUAUGCCUUAUCUUCAGCGUGCUUUCUACAAUUGAGCAGUAUGCAGCCCUUGCUACAGGGACAUUAUUUUGGAUGGAAAUUGUAUUAGUGGUAUUCUUUGGAACAGAAUAUGUGGUUCGGCUAUGGUCAGCAGGAUGCCGCAGUAAAUACGUUGGAAUAUGGGGAAGGCUUCGUUUUGCUAGGAAGCCUAUUUCAAUCAUUGAUUUAAUUGUAGUUGUUGCUUCCAUGAUAGUUCUUUGUGUGGGCUCUAAAGGUCAAGUCUUUGCAACCUCUGCUAUCAGGGGCAUCCGUUUCCUGCAGAUUUUACGGAUGCUGCACGUUGACCGUCAGGGCGGUACCUGGAGGCUGCUGGGAUCAGUGGUGUUCAUACACAGACAGGAACUGAUAACAACACUCUACAUUGGAUUUCUGGGCCUAAUUUUUUCCUCUUAUUUUGUGUACCUGGCUGAGAAGGAUGCAGUAAAUGAUUCUGGAGAAACAGAGUUUGGCAGCUAUGCAGAUGCCCUGUGGUGGGGAGUAGUGACUGUUACAACUAUUGGCUAUGGAGAUAAAGUGCCACAGACUUGGAUAGGAAAGACAAUUGCAUCUUGUUUUUCAGUGUUUGCAAUCUCAUUUUUUGCACUGCCUGCGGGAAUUCUUGGUUCAGGCUUUGCCCUAAAGGUACAACAGAAACAAAGACAGAAGCAUUUCAACCGUCAGAUUCCAGCUGCUGCCUCACUCAUACAGACUGCAUGGAGAUGCUACGCUGCAGAAAACCCAGACUCUUCUACAUGGAAAAUAUACAUUCGAAAACCUGCCAGGAAUUAUCAUUUGCUGUCACCCAGUCCAAAACCAAAGAAAUCGGUGAUGGUUAAAAAGAAGAAAUUUAAGUUAGACAAGGACAAUGGGCCUUCUUCUCCAGACAGGAUGUUGGCUAUACCACAUAUCACUUAUGACCACGUGGCAGAGGACAGGAAACCUGAUUUCAGUUUUGAACCAUUUGAAAAUUCUGUAAAAAAGAGCCCAGCAUUUCUAGAUGUGAACACAGGACCCUUCAUCAGGACCAGCAGCUUUGCCGAUGAGCUUGACCUGGAGGGUGAGACACUGCUGACCCCAAUAACUCACAUCUCACAGCUGCGGGAACACCACCGCGCUGCCAUCAAGGUGAUUCGGAGGAUGCAGUAUUUUGUGGCAAAAAAAAAGUUCCAGCAAGCCAGGAAGCCCUAUGAUGUCCGAGACGUUAUUGAGCAGUAUUCCCAGGGCCACCUCAACCUGAUGGUGCGGAUCAAGGAGCUGCAGAGGAGGUUGGACCAGUCCAUAGGAAAGCCAUCUCUUUUUAUCUCUGUCUCAGAGAAAAGCAAAGAUCGAGGAAAUAACACGAUUGGUGCCAGGCUGAACAGAGUGGAGGACAAGGUCACACAAAUGGACCAGAAGCUGAACCUCAUCACGGACAUGCUGCAUCAUCUGGUUUCCCAUCAGCAGGGGGAUCAGGGCAACAACAGAUCACCUCAGAGAGGCAACAACAACGCCAGUUCAGAGCUUUUCCUCCCUAACAACACCCUGCCCACCUACGAGCAGCUGACAGUACCGGGAGGGAACGAAGACGACAUAUCCUGAUGUGGUGCAAGUCUGGGUUGGGCUGAUCCUACUUUUCUCCUCUGAACGGGACUGAGUGUUGAGAACCUGGGAAAAAUGAAGUUCAUCAGCCAACCAAGAAAUCAUGCAACUGCUAUAUCUACACCACUAGUCUCCAACAUGCUCUUCCAAAGUUACCCACAGUAGCCAAAGGAUUGCCAGGCUUUCUUCCACCAGGCAAAACUUCCAGAACUUCACGCUGAUUUUGUUCCUGAGCAAAUGAUCACAACUUGCCGUUUCUCAAAAAGACCAAAAUGAUGUAAAGACAAGCAAAAUGGCAAGGAUUUAGAGCUCCUGUAAUAAUAAUAAUAAUAAUAAUAAUAGUAAUAAUAAUAUUCUAAUAAUACUUGAACUUAGAUGGAAAAAAAUGCAUUCUGUUUAAGAAUCUGCAGAUAGCAAUUUAUUUCUACUACUAAGGUUUUUAAAACAAACUAGGAUAACUUAUGUUGUUUUUGUUGUAUAAACAUACACUAACAUUCUAGACAAUAACAAACCAUGUACUGAAUGAUUUUCUUUUUCUGUUUUAUUUUAGUGUUACUACAUAAACAAUUAUCAGAUAAUGACCAGAUUUUUCAAAUCUGUUUUUCUUCAGGGAGGAACUAAUCCUUAAUCUGGAACAAUACUAUUUAUAGUGGAAAGUGCUAUAGAUUUUCAAAGAUACCAGUUUUUCAUGGGGAGACAAUAAAGUAUUAUAUAGCAAAAAAUCAUUCUGGUUUCUAGAAGACUGUUGCCAAAGAAUCUAUAUAUAAAUAGAAAAUGCAGUGGUCUGAAUGUACUUGUCCUGAGCAUUUUAAAAGGAAGGCAUUCUACUUCUUAAAUAUGCUGGGUUUUAGCUUACAAAUACCAAGAAUAAUACAAGAGGCUGAAGUGGCUGGACUUCACUGGUCAAGUGUUUGAGCUGGCCACUCACAGAACAUCCAUAAUCCGUGCAGGAAUUGAGGCUUCAGUUCAGGAAAGCAUCUCUAAUCCACGCAGCACAUAUGACAAUUUUAAUGUUUUCAUGAAUAAUCUCUUGAGAAACUCAUCUCCCUACAAGAUUCAGUUGGUAUUGACAAGUGCCAGCUCUUUAUUUAAAGACUUGAGGGCCUCAGCUACAACCCAUGAGGCUGAACCACACUUGCCCACAUGAUGACUGCAAUGAAACCAACAGCGUUGGCUCAGUGUGAGUCCUCACACACACCACGUGAGCAGGAGCUGGGCUUUGAUUACUAAGGCUGAAAUUACUAAACCCUUGCAGGGACUUAGCACCUGAAUCAUAUCAGUCUUUAAAGCUGACAGCCUCAGGAAAAGCUCUUUGGUCCAACGUGGUGGUGGUCCAAUGUGGCUCAAACUGCUGGGGAAAGGAAAGAUGUAGACACAUUUAUCAGCUCUUGCACUUUGAGCAUCCUACACAUCCAGUGCACCCUGUUCCCCUCACUGCAGAGCCUGUAGCCCACAGUGGUCUCCCUCUCCUGGGGGAUGCCCUAAAGCCUCAUACCUUGGCACAGCAGUUAGUGUUGCCAGUCUUGUGACCAAUAUUACCAAUCUGAAAUACUGAUGCAUAAUGAAUGAGAUCACAGGGAACUUUCUCAUAGGGAACUCUCACAUUCUGAGUUUCUUUCCAACAUUUUGUCUCUUUCACUUGGACUGCAGAGAAAGUCCUGUAUUAAAUAUUCUGUAUUUCCAGAUUCUGAUACAGUUAUCCAGCCUCUCUGUUGUACAAUACAUAAAUGUUAAGGCUGUAGAAAUUUACAGGCAUAAAGAAAAAUUGUA